AUGUCCCAGCUCCGAUUAUCAAGACGUAGGUGGCCGAUAAAGUCAGGGCACUAUCUAAAUCGCGAGGACGCGUUCCACGCGCGUGUUGUUCCGGAGGAGGUAAGCCUGUUCGGCUGCAAAGUGUUGGCUAUUAUCGAUGCCUGGCCGAAGAAGAAGAGGCAUUGUGCUCCGUUCGCGCUGAUGAGAACCGCGCGCGUCCAGGCAGGAAAAACGACCGCAUGGAUCUGGUGCUUGUUAUGUCUGUGUUCGUACCUUCGGGGUGUCGCCUCCAAAGCUGGCUUGUGCGAGGAAGAGUCGGGUCAGUCCAAUAUUAUUCUUGACAUCGAGGAGAGCAGAGGAAAUGCGAUCGAUCAGAGAACCGUGCCAGAGGAACUUCCGGUAUCUGGCGAUCCGUUCAACGAGACCACGCUGGAGCUGAUCUUUCCUGGAAGACAGCCUCGUUUCAAAUUGCAAGGCAAGAAACUGCAGCUCCUCGAGCCGUUGGACAGGGACGAUGAAAAUCUCUCGCACGUUGUUUUCCAGUUAAGCUGCACCGUGAAGCAGACCAACAAGAAGCGAACGAUACCAGUGAUCGUGCGCGUGUCGGAUAUAAACGAUAACGCACCGAUAUUCAUUAACACGCCGUACGAAACGACGGUGCCAGAGUUGACACCAGUUGGUUCUACUAUCUUCAAAAACAUCGUCGCCGUGGACGCCGAUGCUGGUGUAAAUGGCAUCGUCGAGUAUUCGAUCGCCCCUGGAGACGGGACUGGGAUUGGCAACAAUGACGGAGUCGGUCGAAAUAGAAUUACAACCGCCGAUGGAUACGGUUAUUUCAGCAUCAACUUACCUCAUCAAGGCCAAGUUACUGUUAACCGUACCCUCGACUUCGAGAAAACGCAGAGAUACCUCGUCACCAUUUUGGCUUCGCCACCUUUCUUUAGUAUUUUAGCAUUAGAUCUUCGGAUCUUGAUUGAGAGUAAUAUCUCGAUGGAUUCUAUUGUCAGCCAUCAAAAUUCAUUCAAACCAGUCAAAGUUCCAAAUUGCAGCUUUACUAAUCGUGUAGAACUUUCAUGA